AUGUUGUCAGAAACAGUUAUUUAAUAAACUCCAGCAAAGGAAAUUAUCAAAAGGAUGCAAGGAUUAAAAAAAAAAGGAAUUUUUACCCUUGAAAAUAAAUUAAUUUUCAUGAUGAACAUAAACAAAGUUUAGAAGAUAGAUUAAAAAUAGGAACUUAUGAAAAUUGUGAAUUAAAACGAAGAUUUCAGGAUAUUCUCAUUUAAUGAAGAAAUGUCCAAACACAGAGAAAACGAAGGAAUCAAGAAUGACAAAAUUAUAAGUUAAGUAAUAAUUCACAGAAAAAGAGGUAAAACAUUUUACCUGUUUUAUCUGUUGAGAAAACAGAAUUAUAGGAAUCUAUUCAAUCAUUUCUCAAUCAUAUUAGAUGGUCUUGGGAUAUGA